AGUUUACAAAGUUAAGGCUUAAAGAGUAUGGACAAUCAGCGCAUCUCGCCUCCUAGCUGGGCUUAUUACUACCAUGGAAAGACAAUGGACGAGCUAAGGCAAUCUCUCUUGUAUACCACUCUGGAGCUGGAAACAACGAGGCUAGCAGCCCAAGAGGAGAUAAGGAAGAGAGAAGAACAAAUGAUCCGUCUCCAAGAUCUUUUAAGCAGAACCGUCAGGGAGAGAGACGAGGCACAAGACAAAUUCCAGAGACUAAACAUGGAGAAGAAGCUCUUACUCCUACACAAACAUCAGAAGCAUCUCCAGCAACCGCAACAAACUACCCCCUUCUCAGGGAUCUCCACCAUUGAAGACGAAGCUAGAAGAGGAGGAGGUGAUUCCAACACCGGCGGCAUAUCUUCCUCGGACCGCGAAGAAAGCAUCGUCUCGUCUCCUGUGAUAGACCCAAUUCCACCAGUGCAACCACCGUCAGCAACGGUAGAAUUAGCACCAGAGAAGCCAUUGCCAGAGAAGGGAAAGCUUUUACAGGCAGUGACGAAAGCUGGACCACUACUUCAGACGCUUCUCCUUGCGGGACCGCUCCCUCAGUGGCGACACCCACCUCCCCAACUCGACUCCUUAGAGAUCCCACCGGUGGUCGCCAUUACUUCGCCUCCACCAACACCCAACCUCCUGUAUCAGGAAUCUGCGAUGGGCAUUAAUGGUGACAUCAACAACAAUGGUAGCAGUAUAAUUGCAAAAAAGAAAAGAGGUCUUGUGGGUUGCGGAGGCUCCGAUUCUUCCACCAACACCAAGUACCAAAGAGUUCUUCAAUGA